UCAUUCCCCUCCAUCGGAGAAGGGAUGCUUUGAAUUCUUUGUGAGCGGCCGGAAUCUUAAAAUUCGUUUCGUUGUUUUACUGUGGAUAUGACUAUGCUGAAUGAACAUCCAGCCUUUUUGGAAACAACUUAUUCCUUGGGAACUAAAACCCGCAGAAACACUGCAAAGUUAAAGAGACACCCAUGUAAAUUGUACAGGUAUUAUAACAAGUCAUACCAACUGCCUUGUUUGAAGCCCUGGACGAUGGCAGUGUCUGGUAGCCAAAAGGAAGGAAAGAAAUCCUCUGCUUUAUCGACAACUUUUACGUUAAGCAGAAAAAUGUCACAAGGCACUCGUACAGACCCAUAUAAGAUAGCCAUAUUACCGGGAGAUGGAGCUGGUCCUGAAAUGAUGGACGCCACCAUGGAAAUAUUGCAAGCUUUGUCUUCAAUGACAGAUAUCUAUUUUCAGUUUCGAACAGCACAAUUUGGAAGAGACGCACAAUUGAAAAGAGGGAAACCGGUUCCUGAAGAGACCAUAGAAACUUGUAAGGGUGCAGAUGCCGUUCUGAGAGGUUAUGAAGGCUAUACAAGGACUGCUUCAACAGGCAAUCAACAACUUAGGUCUGCGUUGAGUUUAUUUGCACAGUUGCGUCCUGUCGUUGUUUAUAAAGAAUUGGCAGAUAUGAGUACGUUGAAAAGACAGAUAGUUGAAGGAGUGGAUAUUAUGGUUGUUCGUGAAGUAUCUGGUGGUGCUCUCUCCAUAGAUGAAAACACUGCUCCUACUGGUGAAAACGAGAAUGAAGCCUUUUCAACCAUUAAAUAUAAAGAUAGUCAAAUAUAUCGUAUUAUGGAAAUUGCAGCUUCAGUGGCCUCACGACGGAGUGGUCGUAUUUGCAAUGUUGACAAAGCGGAUGUUAUGAAAGUGAGUCAAUUCUGGAGACGAUGUAUACAUGAUUUUGUAAAACAAAAUAUAGCUGGUGGAUAUAUUGAUAUUUGUGAUAUGUAUGCUGAUGACUGUGCAAGGGAGUUAAUUCUUCGUCCACGUCAAUUUGACACUAUUAUAACUUCGAAUCUUUUUGGAGACAUUAUUAGUGAGGUUGCCGUUGCACUUGCUGGUCCAGCUCGUUUGUCACCAUCUGCUUGGUUAUCCAUUGAUGGUUUUGGAGUUUAUGGACCUGCGGAUGUUUUUAAUAUCAGUGCAUAUCCAGAAAGUAGUCUUCCGGCAUAUAGUACUUCGAGAUUUGAUGGCUUUGGGAAUACCAAACCAUAUACCAGUCCUAUUGCCAUGAUCCGUUCCGCUUCAAUGAUGCUUCGUUAUUCUUUGGAUCAACCUGCAGCUGCAGAUUUACUUCAACAGGCACUGCAACGCACCAUGGAAGAUAUUUUAAACAGUGGAGAAUUUUCUCAGAAUGGUUCCUUCCUUGACCCAGGAACCGUAGGUACCAAGACUUUUGUAGAAGCAAUGCUUCGUUCUUUGCAAUACAUGAGACAAUACGUUCAAGUAUGUGAUCCGGAAAUCUGUGGGGAAUGAAUAAAGAUUGCGUUGUUCUUCGUUUAA